CACGAGCGAGUCCGUAACCAUUUCUGCUCAAGCGCUUUGGGUUUAAAAGUUCCCAGCUAGCAAGCACGUUCAACUUUGACCAUCAACCGCGCAGAUCAAUAUCAAGGGGGCGUUGAUCACCCAAUUUGAUCACCCAAUGCGGUGUACGUUGAGGGCUCUCGUUUGUGUGCCAGGUGUUGACAUCAAAACUGUUGCUUAUUUCGUGAAGCUUCAGCUUUUGUAUUUAAUGACGGUGUUGCUGGUCCUCGGUUGUGUGAGUGUGAUCGGGAAGAUGUGCCAAACAUAUUUCUUUUGCCUCUCUUUUGAAGGAGACUUUUUACCGAGGCGAGCGGCUGUAUCGCUGUUGCUGGUUCCAUUACUGUGCUGGCUGACGCUGAUGUUCUUAGCCAGCUUGACAAUGUUAUACGAAGAUGUUCUUCGCAAACAUGUACUCGAGCGGACACGCAAAAUCACCGUUUUGAUUUGCAUGUUUGUUUGGAGGCGUUGGAAGCCAUCAGCGCGAAUGAAGAAUGUAGUGGACAUGUUUGUCAUUGUGUCCUCAGUCGCAGCACCACUACUCUCGGCAGUCAUCCAUGUCGCAGUCACCCACUCUACCAUGCACAGCGCUAUGUUGACCACAUUUGUGGUCGGUUACGUCAGAGGCGGGUUCAUCUUGGCAGCGUUUCUUGUGUUCCUCAACUUCCUCUGCGAGCUUCUCGUCGCAAGUAACGCUACAGUGGGAACGGCGUUGACUAUGCUUGACGCCGUUCCAUCGGAUUGGAGCCUUGGUUCCUCAUUCUGGGAUGCGGGACAAGAAGAUUGGAGCAGCAUCUUUGCCAGCCAGGACUGCUGUAGUUCGCCAAACUUGUUUCGGGCUCUCUUCACAGCGAAACGCUCGAGGAAUCAGGUGCUCUUGGUUGUGCUGAUGGUCCUUGUGCUUACGUUGAAUGUGGCAUUGACGAGCAUUCAUAAAAACAGCACCAUUGGGCUGAUUUGCUUCUUGGUCAUAGCUGUGGCUCUGCUGCAGCUUGAACAGCUUGUCGUGGGUCGCGUAGUAACUGGGAUCUUCAAGCUAGUUGGGUACAGCAGUCUUUCCCUGUCAGCCAUUUUCUUUUUUGUGGCUUUGCAAACUCCAAUUGCACCGGAGGGCGAGGGCACGCGGCUCACUGGGGGUAUGAAUUACACACCUGUGCAGAAACCGUCAGUAUAUCCAAUUUGCGUGGGACAAUGGGGUCAUCAUUCGUUCCCAGAAGAACAGCGGCUUACAGUACUAGAUUUGAGCAUUCUGGCGAGUGCAAUGUAUCACAAGAGCAACGAUUCAAUCGCGUCUAUUGUACAACAAGGCUUCGGAGACACCGGCCUUGCCGAUGCUCAGCUGGUAGACCUCGACGACUAUGAUAAGGUCGGGCGCAUGGGAGUCUUCAGGUUCCCAUCCAUCAAAGUGCAGGUUCUCUCUGUGAGAGGCACGCUUACGGAGCGCGACAUAUUGAAAGACCUCGACCUGUACACGAUGAGCUUUCUUUUAGAGCUUGUGGACACCAUCAUUCCCAUCAUUUUUUUCUUGAGUACCGAACAAAUUCAACAUGUGUUCUAUCUCUUGUCCGUGUACCAUUUUCUGGAGGAUCCCGUUUUGCAGAGAGUUUUCGAUACACUACGCAGAAUCAAGGAGGAAGGCGACUCGCUGGGGUACGUGACUGUAGGGACAGGGCAUUCGCUCGGCGGGGCCUUCGCUGUACUCGGGGCCGCUCGGCUGAACAUUCCCGCGGUUGUGUUCAGUUCCCCUGGCUAUGUCUACAUUGCAAAGGCCUUCGGUAUCGACCUCACGGUUGCGAAGACGAAUGUUGUCAAUGUUCAGCCGGAAGGGGACGUCGUAGUAAAGAUCGAUUCGCAUGUGGGCGCAGUGCAGGAGAUCGUGUGCACAGAAUCCUCUCGUAGAUGCCAUGCUCUCAUUGUAUCCAUGUGUGAACUCUUACGGAAUUGCGGCGAUCCCCGUGGCCGUGUAGUUGCUAAAGUGGACGGUCCCGGUGCACUGAAAGAUUGGACGUGUAAAGUUGAUUGACUGAUCCUGGGAACGUCAAUAUUGAUUCAUCCAUCCAGCUGACUAACUCGUCGUAGUCUUGAGUCUCCAGGUUGCCUUCCCCGUGUGUGUGUGUGCCGUUCGCGAGCCGUCGGGCUUGAUUUUUCCUGCCUCCUGGCAGGCCGCUGGUGCGGCUCUCCCCGUGCCAGCUACCUCUCAUCCCUACCCCCCCCCCCUAACUCCCUGGCUCCGAGAAGCCCUGGCUUGAGGUGACCAGCGUUUUGUCGAUGCACGGUCGCUUCGGCCGUCGCCGCGAUCUCGAGCCGGCAGAGGCCGUCGAGAUGUAGAUGUUUGGUUUUUGCUCUCGCGCUGCCCUGGGGCCUCGGGCCUGCCAGGCGGUCAGACGCCGGUGAGUGAGUUUUUGUUGCUCGUCUCCAUCCGCUGUGCCCUUGCCCAGCGCCCAGGUCUUGCCGGGCAGCCGUGCGCCUUUUUCCACCGGGUCACCUGGAAGAGAUGUGAGGUGAGACCAAAACAACGCAUUCGCAUUUUACAGUGUACACGGUGUCCUAAAGCUAGUCAUUCUGUUCUAAGAUAUCGUCAAUCGUUUGGCUCGAGCUGCUUCAGUUGGCUCGCCGCCACCACGCGGCACGGCCGUGUGGGCAUCCCGCAGUUGUUGGGCUGGCUCGUGCCUGUCUUACGACAGCUCUCGGAUAUCUUCAUCCGCGUUCUUCUAGUUGCCGACGGGAUGCAACUCUUUGCCUUGCCAGUUCCAUUCUGUUAGGAUGGUCCUGUAGUUGAAUGGCUGGGGAGCUUAAUAAUUUGUCCUCUGCCCUGAGAGGAACCUGAGUCUCCCGCACUGCCGCUAUCCACCAACAGCCGGUAACAUCCGCCGCUCUGCGAAACUCCCUCAAAUUAUGUCUGCCCCUUUCCCUCUGGGGUUAUGUGUUCGCUUCUGCCAGUGGUCUCAGACAGUGUCCAUUGCGACUUGUAGUGCUGCAUUUUGUGAUCUGCUGGCCCACUGUGGUCUGGCUGGACUAGAUUUUGUGACCUCUGCUAGUGAGUUUAACUUGCCUUCUAGACCAAACGUGCGUUCGCGGUUCACUGCACUCGCUCACGUUCCGCUAGUCUGUCCGCAUUUUCCCCGCGCGGAAAAAAAUAGACGGCCCACGAGCGAGCGCUCAAGAGCACCCCAAUACGGUCC